UAAAAUCAAUCCAUCCGUCCUUUCUAUCUAAUCUUUUACUUUUCAGUCUCUAUUAUUACUAAUUAUUUUUUGUGAUUUAGUGCCCACACUCCAGCUCCAAUGCUCUGUAAACCUGGCAGAUUAUCCCACUUAAUUACAGCUAACUUAUGCUUUAUUAUAAGAUCAAUAUCUUAUAAAGCAUCUUCUAGACCAGACCAAACCAGUGAGGCUUUCUAUUAUUGUACUGAAGAUGACUGAGUGAAGUAUGUCACCUGCAGGUUUUAAACUUUUCUCAAAUAUCAGUAAUAAUUGAAGGGCUUACUAGUGCCAUUGGAUGGUGUAGAUAUAAACUCCAGACAACCUAUAUUGAGCAUAUAUUGGCUUGAGAUUACUAGGUGGAAAAUGGGUAUCACUGGAGAGUUGGUUAGAAAUGUCUUCUCUAGAAACCGCUCUGUUGGAACUCAUGAAAGCAAUACUAGUGGUAGAAGCAGUGCAGGUGAUAAGAGAAGGUGGAGUGUUGUUAGAUCAUACCUCUGUGGGGAUGAGUUUAAUUCAGUUCUUGCUGAAGAAGAUUCAGCUUCAAUCAAGAGCUCAGAGGCCACUGUUACACAGCCUGUACUAGAAGAUAUCCCCAAAGAAGAUAGAGUCAAGGAAAAGCAUAAUUCAACUUCCAAAUUAUUCCAGCAAGAAGAUGCAGCAAUCAUCAUCCAGUCAGCAUUCAGAAAAUAUCUGGCUAGACGUCUCAUCGAAGAAAUCAAAUCAAACGAUGGUGAGAAGGAGCCUGCAAUGGAAAUGGAAAGUCCAAGUAGGGAUUCUGUAGGCACAUCAAUCGAAGUUCAGACUGCAAAUUCUGUGGAAGUUCUCUCAGUUAAAUUGGAAAAAGUGGCUGUUCAUCACAGGAUGCAGAAGAAAGCCAGAACUCAGGUUUUGAAGAUAAAGGACGACUGGGAUGAUAGCACAGUGAGCAGCAAUAUAACCAAAAUGAGGAUUCAGAACCGAAUGGAAGCAACAAACAGACGCGAGAGAGCACUGGCUUAUGCUUUUGCACAACAGCUAAGAAUCUGUUCAAAGAGAAAACAAACCAGAUCUGAUGAUACAGAAACCAAUAUGGGCUGGAGCUGGCUAGAGAGGUGGAUGGCAACUCGACUUUCAGAAUGCUCAGUUGAAAGUUGUACAAGUAAGACAUACAUGACACAAAGCAGCAACCAUGGAAUUCCAGCUAGAAAGAGAUUUCUUGAUGGAGCAGAAGAAAAGGAGAGCUGUGGAUCUAAUGAAGUUUCUGUCCAAUUUGAUAGCUUAGCAAUGACUACAGCAAAUCACAAAGAGGGUUUAAACCCAACCAGGAAUCAGCUCAAGUCUUCAAGACCCAUUUCAAGGCGUAAAACGGCACCAAGCAACCAAAUCCUGAAAGAGCAUAACAAGGUGAUCAAGAAAGAGGGCCAAAAGGAGAGCGAGCAACAUAAAGAGCACAGCAGCAAAAAAGAAAUCAAAUGCAAAGAUGCCUCUUCUAAACAACUGGCUUAGGCUUUAGCUCCUUUUGCAAUUUCUUGAGUGAGACUUCCCAUGGAACUUUGUCCAGUCCUCCUACUUGCUGUCCAUUUCGCCAAUAAUGCAUGUGACUUCAAACCUCGCCUUGUAAAUGUAGCUUCUUGAAAUUUAUUAUAUGAAAUUGAUAAACCUUCAAGAAUUAUAAA